AUGGUUGAAAAGAGGUACAAUAUCAUUUCGUUCUCUAGUGCUGGUUGCUUGAAGGCUUACUUCGACCUUCUCCACAGUAGUCAUCAUGACAUUCUGGGUAUGUAUGACACCGGAGUCCGAUUCAGGAAUUCUAGUCCAUCAGUUGUACUAAUUACCUGCUUGAAAGGGCUGCAUGACGCCUACUCAAAACCAUUUCGUGGGCAAGCGGCCCAGGAUUUUGUCGCGUUUUUGUUGAAGGCGGAUGCGGAGGCCCAGCGGAAUGAAAAAUUUUUGUAUGCAAAGAUGAUUACAGUCGUUCAAAGCUCUGGGACAGGAAAGUCGCGGAUGCUGACUGAGAUUGGCGAAACAAUCUUCACUUUGCCUAUUUGUCUUCGCCGCCCCGGUGGUGCAACAUAUCCCCCUGCUGACGAAGAAGUCUACAAAUAUUUUGCAGAAUUUUCGAGCAGUGACAACGAUCUGAGUCUUAAGGCCCAUACCGCUAUUGCUUGCUUCCUUGGGGCGGCUCAUACGACUAUGCUCAAGUGGUUGAUUGCGAAAAAAGCGAGAUUGCCAAAUCCCGCAGACCUACGUGCAUCUUGGCACAAAGUUAUGGAAAAGGAGGUAGGGCGGGAAGAGCGUCAAGCUUUUUUUCAGGAGGUUGUUCAAACCGCGCGUAAGAUGACAAACAACGCCACAAAUCACCUGAGUCCCCGUCGCAACAAGAAUUAUGGUGUCGAGCCGGAAAAUUUCGAAAUCGAUGCGUUUGCCAAGAAAUGCUACGAUGAGCAUGCAGCAGAUGCCAUCACAGAUCUGGCGGCGUUGGUCACAUGCUUUACCCCUGAAAAGCCUCUUUUCGUCUUCUAUAUCGAUGAAGCGCGUGAACUGAAAGUAUCCUUAUGGAUUCUAUUACGUUUAUUGAGUUAUCAAGACAAACUCACCCGUAUGUGGACGGUCCUCAUGGACACCAAGGCCAGUGUCGGUUUUUUCCACCCACCUCCACAAAACAUACCGUCUUUGCGGCUUCGUCGGGGCCUGAAGCGACUCAUGAAGCCGUUCAUCGGCGUUGGCUUCGAUCAAAAUGCAAUCUAUCCCGGUGGUGUGCACAUGACUACCACGAUAGGCGAAUUACAAUCGGUUGAACAUCUCGCAACAUACGGCCGGCCUCUAUGGAAUGCACAAUUUCGCGAAGGUGAGGACGAUCAGCUAAUCGAUUUAGCAAUUUGCAAGCUUGCAAAUGGACCUUUCGAUUGUGGGAACAAGCACCACGUUCUUGCUGUACUCUCACAGCGGGUUUGUUUGGAUUUAGUGAUGUUCUCGGCGGAAGCAGUGCAACUUGCUGACUACAGUGUUGAGAAUCAUAUGAGGCUCCUUGUUGGAUACACUGAAAAUGGGCACAAAUUUUUCACCAAGUCACCUUCAGAACCGAUUCUAGCUUUGGCUGCAGCGGAGCUACUUUAUUCACCACCAGAUCUGGCAGAGACUACUACAGCUAGCUAUACGGCUGCUCUUGGAGCUGCCCUCAAGACUUUGAACAUGUCCCUCUGUGGUGUUGGUUUAGUUGACAAAGGACUGCUUGGGGAGCUUGCUGGCCGGAUACUUCUCCUCUUUGCUCGUGAUAUGGCUGCUCCAACAAUAGGUCGGAUUUCAAAAAACCUGCUGGUGCCAAUCUCGGUCAUGGCCUUUCUUGACCGACUGCUUGGAAAAGAAGGUUGGUGUCAACCUUAUGAAACAGAGUACACAAAUGCCUUCAGCAAGACCUUCAUCAAUUUCACGCAUUGGAUUCUCACAUCUGAUCCUCUUCCUGCACAGCCAUCUCGACAGCUGCUAGAAAACCUUUGGGCUCGCGGCGCAGCACUACAGUGCUGCUUUAAUCAAGAAGCUAUAGAUUUUCUUAUCGUAACGUAUUCUGGGUCUAUCGGAGCCACGGACAUCUUCGAUCCAACAAUGCUCUCAGCCAUCGUCGUUCAAAUAAAAAACAAGGGCCAAGCUGAUACAAAUGCGGAACUAGGCACUCAGCCAAUUGGUGUUCCCCGCAAUGCCCCUCAGACUCUUCCCUAUAUCGCGAUGCUGUUAGAGUUCGGCAACAACUCUUGUCACCGAUCAACGAAUUCCCAAAUUAAAAUAACAACACCGAAAAAUCCGGGAUCGUUCUCGUCACUCGAGUAUGACUACUUAUCGGCUGUGCGGAACCUUGGACACUAUGAAACUAUCGCUAACGCACAAACUGUGAAGCAAAGAAGAGACCCGGCAAAAGCUACCCUGAGGAAAGCGGUUCAAGACACGUGGUUGGCUAUGAACGAUUACAAUCGCUACACAAUUGCAAUACGUGGAUCAUCAUCAGACGAGUACGGUAUCUUGAAGAACCCCCAACUUAACGAACAGUUCGCCACUUUGCUCUCUCUAACGAUGCCACCGCCUACUGCGGAGGAUAUCGCCAUCCGACACAUGAUGCCUCUAGAGCGCUUGGGUAAGACGUCUGCUCAUACGGUAUGGAUGAAAGACUAUGGGGGUUCGCGAGAAGAAGAAAUGGACUGGACGGAAUGA